UCUAACCUCUCAGCUCAAAUAUGGGACACUUCAAGACACGAGUAUUGAUCAUCUCCUGCUUAUUGUUUACAUGUUAUGAAGCAGAAAAAUUAAAAACCAGAGGCCUGCGCCAGAAGGAUGUUGACUACAUGGAGAAAUAUUCCAGCUGCCUCCAGGGUCCAGCAGGCACCCCGGGAAGGGACGGAAAUCCAGGAGUGAAUGGAAUUCCAGGUACUCCCGGUCUACCGGGCUGGGAUGGUGCAAAAGGAGAGAAGGGUGAAUGUGUGACGGAGAGGUUUGAAGAGCCGUGGAAACCCAACUACAAGCAAUGUGCCUGGAGUUCUCUCAACUACGGCAUUGACCUGGGCAAAAUUACAGAGUGUACGUUCACUAAGCAGCGUGCAGACAGCGCUCUCCGUGUGCUGUUCAGCGGCUCACUCAGACUGAAGUGUAAGACAGCUUGUUGCCAGCGCUGGUACUUCACUUUUAAUGGGGCAGAAUGUGCCGCUCCGCUGCCUAUAGAGUCCAUCAUUUACCUGGACCAGGGAAGUCCAGAAUUCAACUCCACCAUCAACAUACACAGAACCACGUCAGUUGAAGGUUUAUGUGAAGGAGUUCGGAAAGGCCUGGUGGAUGUUGCGAUCUGGGUGGGAACCUGCGGCGACUAUCUGCACGGAGACGCUUCCACCGGCUGGAAUUCUGUUUCCCGCGUGAUCAUAGAAGAGCUUCCUCUGAGCAGCUGAGUCCAGAAACGUCCAAGCACUUACUGUCCUAUGACACUUUUAAACUUCGAGGAUGAAUUGCUUUGUACUACACUCUUAUAAAGGUUCUUUAUUGGCAUUGACGGUUCCAUGAAGAACAUUUAAAUUCAUGGAAGCUUUUA